AUGUCGAAUACAGUCACGGAAAAUCAAAAUACAUCUUCAACUGAAGUAUCAAAAGAACAAGUCAAUUCUAAUGAUGAUGGUCUUACAGAACGACAAUUACAAAGUUCAUUUCAACCACCAACAAAUGUUGAACAAGUUGCCGAUCAACUUCAAUCAUUAAAUGUAGGAUCAAAAGUAACCAUGCGAUGUGAUGCUCCAGCGUUUACACCAUCAUCUGAGGUAACAAAAACAACAGCAACAUCAACAUCAACAACGACAACAACAUCGACUGAUUCCGAGACAACAAUCAAAAAAGAAUUAAUUUAUGAUUUAAAAAAAUAUAAACAUGAUUAUUUUAUAUCCGAACUUUCAUGCAGUUUUGAUCGUGAAAAUGGCAAAUUUGGUGCACCAACUGGCAUAUGUGCUUUACCAGAUGAUCGUUUAUUAGUGGCAAAUUUUGAUCGAGAUUCGGUUUUACUUAUUGAUAUUAAAGGAGUUGUUCAUCAUAUUUUUAAAGAUUUACCAACACCAAAAGCUGUUAUUUUUAAUGCAGCAGCAUCAACAACACAAGCUGUUGUUGCAACAAGAAAAGAAGCAGUUAUUUUAGAUUUAACUACAAAUAAAGUUCUUAUCAGAAGUAAAAGUCGGGGAUUUUAUCCAUGGAAUAUUCAAUUUAUUGAAGAUCGCGGUGUUUACGCAGCAUGUGAUCCAUCGGGUGAACGUAUUGUUUUUCUUGAUGCUAAUCUUGCUGAAAUUGGUGUAUGGUCAUUUCAUGAUUCAACACAAGAUCAUUUACUUCAACAAACACCUCAACUUUAUCAAAAAGUUUAUCCUUAUGCUGCAUAUUUCUUAGGCAAUGAUACAUCAUUUGUAUUGACACAUCGUCAAGAUAAAUGUCAUCUUCAUGAAUAUGAUAAUGCUAAUGCAACACCCAAAUCAACAUAUAAUAUUCCUCAAUCAUUACAAUCAUAUUCAAUUUAUGUUGAUACAGCUAAAAAAUGUUUAAUACCAGAUAAACUCAAUCAUCGUUUAGUUUCAAUUGAUAAAGAUUCAAAUAUUGAAGAAUAUAAAUGUAAAUCAAUUCAAGAACCAUAUUCACUAACAUUUUUAUCAACUGGUACAUUAUGUGUUACGGAUUGGAAUAAAUCGCAUGGUACAAGUGGUGGUAUUUCAGUUAUAAGUGAAGUUAAUUUAAAACAAAAACAGUAA